AUGCUGCGUGGUCGCGACCGUAGCGCCGAACAGCUGACGGGCAGCGCAGCAUCUCCUGGAAGCACACUCGGCGACUCCGGGUCCUUCUGCGAGCAGGCGUGGCGCAGCGCGGCCCGAGGAGCGGGUGAAAGCGAUCGUGCGUAUGAGUUUCGUACAGGGGUCAAGGUGCGCCAGGACGGCAAGCGGAGAAGGCAGGCGGCUCCGGCGCCCGAGGCGACGUCCACCACCGCGCACGGCGCCGCGAGCGCCGCGCGGCCCGUCGUGCGCCAGAGGCCGGCGGCGUGUGGGAAGCUGGCCGCGCGUGGGAAGCCCGCCGCGCGUGGGGAGUAG